UUCCCCAGGUUAUGAUGCGGUGAGUCGCGGCCAUGGAAGGGACCAAGGACAGCAAACUCCUGUCCCUACACAGGCUCAGUCCAACGCCCUUCUCGUCAGACGAGGGAGCGGAGAGCGGAGAUGACAGCGAGGAGGACAUCGUGACCAACUACCUCCCGGGGUCUGUGGGGGCCCCUCUGGUCACGCGGGAGGGCCCCACGCCCCCCCUUCACCACCACCACCAUCACCACCACCAUCACCAUCAUCUCCUCCAGCAGCAGCACCAACACCAGCAGCAACAGCACCAGCAACAGCAGCUCAACCUCCAGCAGCAGGCGGUGGUGGCCAGCGUGCAGCCCGCUCACGCCCACGGACACCAUGCCCACGGGCACCACGCCCAUGGGCCGCCGCGGCGCCUGGUGCGCAUGGCGGAGAUCCCCACCAUGGACUCCAUUACGGCCGAGAGCCUGGGCAUGGGCGUGGGCGUGGCCAUGCCCGGCGCCGACGCCUUCAUCCCGCCCAUCCCGACCAUCAGCAUCACGCCUCACUCGCCCAUCGCCCACAAGCCCUUCACCGUGCUCGAUGAGAAUAUUCGACAGUUACAGGGUAUUCAGGAGACGAUACAACGCAUGCGCGAGAGCAACUUGUCAGUCAAGACACUUACUACAGUUCACGUUCGAUUCUAUGUCAGUGAUUGGUAG